AUGCUCCUAUCCCUGGACCAAUUCUCUGUCGGGGACCCACUUGAUUCUUCCCGACUUUUCGGCACCAGCUCAGACCCAGAGCCGCAUACCAUAUACACCCGGUAUUCCUCUACGAGAUCCAGCCGUCCUCGUGGUCACACUUUCUCCUCCUCUUUUUCGUCCGAUGUUGAUGCCCACUCAGAGGACAAUUCCGGUCGUUAUUCGAGCCAAUCCAUCCGCGGUCGCCGCAGCAAUAGCAGCUCUAAUUACCACCCUGGUCUUCGGAGGAUUGACAGUGUUCGUGGUGGCGGAGAUCGUGGCAAAGUGUAUGAUGCUCAGCGCGCUGUAACUUAUGCAGAUCGACCGCUUACCAACCGAACAUCCAGGCUCAGAACAAAAGGAAGUAGUAGGAGCAGUGGCUCUUCCAGCCUUGACUUUAAUCAGAUGAUGGCCACCAGCCGCCCGGGUCAACACUUCCGGGAGCGCAGGUCUGCCAGUUUUGACUGCAGCUCCCGUUUACCACCCUCCCUGCCGCUGGUUGACAGUUUAGGUGGCUUCGAUGACUUUGUACAUGACAAUGGUUUCCAAUACGAUGACAUUGAUGCAGCCCCUAACCCUACCGUUCCUGCAGGUCCCCGACGCAACAAUUCUCCUCCUCUCCACGAAUUCCCCUACAACCAAACCUUUCCAACCAGCAUGCGCACACCUGCCUUGGCCCGCAAGAACAGCAGCAAAUCAGCGAGGAGCAUGCACAUAAAAAAGGGACGCUCGGAUACCCUUGGGACCGCGACUAUCCGGGGUCACGGGUAUAGUUCAAGACCAUAUCGUGGUCCUAUACCGGAUUUCCAUCCUAUACCAGCCUACAACAACCUGCAACCCGCUCCCAGUCCAACGGUUGCAUUCCACAAAUCAUCCUACCUCGCUCCGCAGCCAGUGGUCAAUACCCCUUCACCUGCCCCAAAGGAGCGUCCUGGAUUUUUCCGUCGUGUUUUUGGUGGUGGUUCCUCAAAAUCACAAACCCCAACGCAGUCCGAAUCUCAAUCUCCAUGCAGCCAGCAGGAAAAUGGUAGCCCACGGCGACCACAGGAGCAGUAUCAAAGUGCUAUUGCUUCCAAUUUGUCCAAGGGACAGAAACAACUGCUGCAAAAGGAGCACACCACAUCAACAGGAAACAAUAACACAUCGAGCCGCGAAAAUACACCCGUAAUAACCAAGAAGCCUUCAUCUUUCUUCCGCCGUCGCAAGAAGUCCAUCACAGAUCACGUUCCGCCGCCAUUGAUACUGCCGCAGUCUAAUAUACAUACUGCUGCUGUUGAUAAUAACUUUUUGAAACCAGAUCCAUUGAAACUCGACCACUGCCGAGUGGUCGGGUUGGGUGGGCCCGAACCAAGUCCCGUUAGCAGUCUUAGGAGAGUGAUGAAGCCGUACUUGAAUGCGUCAUAUCUGGUGGAUGAUGAUACGAAUCUUGAUGAUGCGGAUAAUGAGGUUUCGGGCAGUGAGGUGCUGUUGUCUGCUGCUGAAACUAUGCGCACUACCACCACCGCUACCACAACUAAUAUGAAUAAAGUUGAUAGUUCCAAGGAGCGAUCGUUGACCCAGGUGACGAACCCUAGUUAUCUGGAGACAAAUAAGGACAAUAGUAGUAACAACAAUCCCCAUUCCAAAAACCCGAGGAAUGCAAGCUCGAUAAAUUUCAAACCUGGGCUUAAUCUCAAUCUGCCUUUACAUGAUCGUGAAGAUUCGUUCCUGGAUGACAGCAUUGGCAAAGAGGGGAAUAGUCCCGCAAACCCUAAUUCUAAUGAGAGAUCUGGAUCUGGACGGCCCAUGACUAGCCCCAACGCCCAGAGUCAUAUGAAAUCAAUGAUGACGAGAAAGUCCCAGGAUUCGAUGAAUGGCGAAUUGAAAACUUUUGGAACAAAUGGAAAAGCAACUUCGAGUGCGACUGGUUUUGGUUCUGGUUCCCGCGCGUCACAUGCUGUCUCACAUCCACAAGCACAAGCACAACAACAACAACAGAAACUAUCUUUACAAAGUAAACAUAGUGCAAUUGAUGCGAUAUCUACAGUUAUGGCAAACUUCGCAUCUAUGCAGUGUCUGAGUGAUAAUGAGAAUUCCCAUGCUCAUCCUAGACGACAAUUGCAGAGUGGCGAGAACGAUUGGUUUGAGAACGAUUCCUCCGUGGAAGCUCCCAACAAUAGAGUGAAUCGACCAGCGGAGGGAAACAGUAUAUCCCCGCGCGCCUCAUUAUCGACCGUCUCCAAUUAUCAUACUGCGUUGAAUACUCCUAGUAUUCCUGAUGAUGAUGUUACUGUUAGAAGAUGUAAGCCGCCAACGCUUCCACCACUGCAGAUGGAGAUACACACCGAGCACGAGCAUGAACCCAAACGGGAUGAUGGAAAGGUGGAUAUUGAUAAUAUUAUUAAUGAUGAUGAUAAUGAUUGCGAGGGUGAGGGUGACACUACCAUUCUCGCCAGUAAUUCUGUUAGCGGGGAACCAACUGAAGUGGACAGAGCGCAAGCGCAAAGGAUUUUCGACGAAGCUGAGGAUUAUCGAGAUCGACAUGACAAGGAGCCUGCUGCUGCGUGGUUGGGGAACCCUGGCCGUGCCAUGGUUCGGAAAGCGUAUAUGGAACUUUUCGAUUGGAGGAAUGUGAAUAUUUUGAUGGCGUUGAGGGGGCUGUGUGGACGGCUUACGUUAAAGGGAGAGACACAGCAGGUUGAUAGGAUUUUGGAUGCGUUUUCGUCUAGGUGGUGUGAGUGUAAUGAGGAGCAUGGGUUUAUGGCGACGGACGUUGUACAUACAAUAUGCUACUCUCUACUGCUCUUGAAUACCGAUCUCCACAUUGCUGAUAUCGAGCAGAAAAUGACGAGAAAUCAGUUCAUCAAGAAUACAAUGCCCACUAUUCAACGGGUUGUUUCUGACGCUAGGCCAAACGCCUUUGAGCGUUCACACUUGGGAAAUCUUUCUAGCAAGCCGCGAACGGUAGUGAGGGCCAGCGGGACUGCCAGCCCUCUUGCUGGGAAGUCGCCUACGCUUCGCCCUGUUCAGCAUAAGGGUCACGGCUCGCUGGAUAUCAACGUUCCCAGCAGCAAUCUCUCGAAACCAGUCGAUGCCACGGCGAGGACGAACUCUAUGUGUACCAUUCCGACAAACUUUAAUGCUGAAGUUUCUUCGGCUGAUGCAGGUCCGCUGGUUUCAACGCCAUUCCGCGGCACUCAGCGAGCGUGGGAAGUACAGAUUGAAUCCGUUCUGAAGGAUUUUUAUAAUUCAAUUCAGAAACAGAUGUUGCCUCUGCGCGGGGCGCCUGCAGAGUCUGAGGAAUACAACCAUCAGCAGCAUUCGAGCAACUUCCUGACGUUGACGGGGAACAUGCUCCGGCGGACUCCUAGCACAUUGAGCAAGAGCGGGUCUGACGUUUGCCAGAGGGGUCGGACUAAUGAAAAUCGAUUAUCAACAGCGCGCUGGUCGUCGAAACCUAGGUCUCGCCCGAGAAUGUAUCCUACGUCCAAUAUUGGUUCUAGCCGUACCAGUCUUGAUGAGCAGUCCUCUAUCUGGUCGCCAUCUGCGUCGAGUACAUGGAGCAAACAUUCACUACCCAAGACGAUGUUGUCAAUGUCUGUCGAUUCUUUUGGGCCCGAAUAUCCUCGAGGAGACUACCAGCAGUCAAUCGGCUUUGCGAAUGCAUUGAGCCAUGCGAUUAUCCGUGAGGAUUCCGCUAAUGCCAAUGCCAUGGCCGGCAUGGAUGAUCCGGCGCGCGCAGCUUCGUUGCUGGACGACGAGACGCUGGAACUCGCGGGGGCACCAUGGGCCAAAGAGGGGAGUUUGAAACAUAAGCAUCACCUCGACUCUGUCGAUAAGCGGUCAAAGGAUCGGAAUUGGAAUGAGUCUUUCGCUGUCAUACAGCGGGGCUGGAUGCGACUGUUUUCGUUCAACGCGUCGACAAAAUCGAUGCGUGUGAAGUCGAAGAACAGGCAGAAUGGUAGUGGUAGUGGCGGCCUUGUCGUGGGCGGCGGCAACUGGACUGAGAAUGCAGAAGAGACGUGGAAGUUCCUGCUGCGUCAGACUAUUGCCAGCGCGCUGCCAUCGCCAGGCUACUCCAAGUCCCGCCCGCACGUGUGGGCUCUCAGCUUACCCACUGGCGCCGUCCAUCUGUUCCAAGUCGGCACGCCGGAGAUCGUCAAGGAGUUUGUCUCGUCGGCUAACUACUGGAGCGCCCGAUUAUCCAAGGAGCCACUAUUUGGUGGCAUCAGUAACAUCGAAUACGGCUGGAGUACAGCAGUGAUCAACACAGCGCUCAUCCAUAACAGCAGUGACCCCUCCUCCCCACCACCGACAACAACAACAUCCACCUCCUCCAACGCGCCCCGACCAAGUUUCCAAAGCUCACUGCGCACCUCGCUGGAUCAGCAAAGCGGAGCGCACGGUAGUGUCCGCGCCCGCCUCCCCGCAGACCGCAUCCAUAUCGCAGACUGGACGCCGCCGCAGCAAAGCAUGAUGGCCUCGACGCUCACGGAGGCGGAGCAACUGAACACGCUGCGCAGGUACGUGAAGCAUGUGGAGGAGGAGUUGCAGAGGCAUAAUGAGCUGCGGUCGGCUAUGGUGUUGGCGUUUACGCCGCGGCAUCCGAAUGCGGGAAAGGCGAUGGCGAAUUGGGAGAGGAAGAGCUCGUAUUUGCUUCGGGAAAUUGUGAAGUUUCGGACGUAUAUUGAUUGUUUGGUGUUGGCGGGGGGGUUGAGGGAGGGGAUGAAGAGGGGUGGUAAGGGUUCCGGGGUUGUUGUGCCGCUGGCCGUGGAAUUGGAAGGUGGUGGAGAGGAGGUGAAGGCGAAGGCAAAGACAGUGAUGCCGACGGUGAGGAAGGUGGAGACGGAUGGCUCGUCGCCAUUUGAGAGGUCGCGGACUAUGAGUUUCAGUUCUGCUUCAUGA